UCCUUAAACUCCAAUGAACUUCUCUUAAUUGUGCAGACAUGCCGCACAAGUUGAUGGCAUUUGUGGUCUCAGAGAAGUUCAAAGCCUUGGUGAACACAUCUUUCCUCCUCCCCUUGUGCUUCUUCUUCACGUCCCAUAUCCGUUCGCCUACCACCCCUGUCCAUGUCACAAGCACUCAGGCUCUCCCCGGCUGCGCCGGCCUGCACGAGCUCAAAGACAACCAUUCCGAGUGCCUUUACAUCGGCGGCUACAGUCCAUGCUUGUCGCAGGGCUACGUCAACUAUCUCCACCUCUACUACCGCGUCUUCGGGAGUCAUCCUCCAUUAGCCUGUGCUCUCCUUGCCCUGUGGCUUCUCGUGCUGUUCUACUUGUUGGGCAACAAAGCGUCGCAGUACUUGUGCUCCUCGGUGGAGGACUUGUCUAGGGUUCUGAACCUCUCUCCUGUUGUAGCUGGUGCAACGCUACUGUCACUGGGUAAUGGCUCGCCUGAUGUGCUGGCCAGCAUCGUGUCGUUCAGCUUCGGCUCCGGUGAGCUGGGGCUGAGAAGCGUGCUGGGUGGCGCGUUCUUCGUCUCCUGUGUCGUCAUCGGCGUCAUCAACCUCUGUUCUCCCUCUUCUUCCCGGUCGGUACGCAUCGACAAGUCGAGCUUCGUCCGUAAUGUGUGCUUCUUCAUCGUCGUGCUCUCGUCCCUCCUCGAGAUCCUACAGGUGGAGAGGAUCACUAUCUGGGGUGCGAUGGCUUUUGCCUCCCUGUACCUCGUAUACGCCUCGGUGGUGUCGGUGACGCAUUUCUAUCGCCAGAAGUACGACGACCUGGCGACGUCGAUCCUGGAAAAGGAAGAAGAAGAAACGGAUGGCCAAGACUCGUCAACCUACUGUUGGCUUCAGGCAAUGGCUUCGCCAUGUUUGAAGUUGUUGCUUUACCUCAUAGACAUGCCUCUCGAUCUUCCAAGGAUGCUAACCAUACCGGAUGUGUCAGAGCAGAGGUGGUCAGGGAUGUAUGCCGUCUCUUCGGCCACAUUAGCACCCAUCUGUGUGACAGCCCUGUGCAGUUCCAAGAGAAGGGGAAUAGGAUCCCAUGAUGGUUUCACCAUAUGUCUAUAUGAAAGCCCGGUCGGCGGUGUUUCAGGUCUCCUUGCACUGCACUCCACCAUGAGGGAGAGUCCACCAAGGAAGGGCUUGUACCCUUGGUUAGCAGGAGGGUUCUUGAUGAGUGUUCUGUGCACUUACAUCGUAGCCGAGGAGUUGGUCGGGCUGCUGGUAUCCUUGGACUACAUUCUUGCAGUGAACCCUGCAAUCCUAGGGCUGACAGUGCUUGCAUGGGGCAACUCCAUUGGAGACCUCAUGUCAUAUGUGGCAAUGGCCAUGAGUGGGGGAAGAGAUGGAGCUCAGGCAGCAAUCUCAGGGUACUACGCAGGGCCGAUCUUCAACACAGUGGCUGGGCUGGGGUUGUCCCUGGUGAUGUCAGCCCGGGCACUGCACCCAGAUUCUCUUGUGAUCCCAGUGGGGACAGCCGUGCUUGAGUUCUUGGGAUUCACGAAUGGGGGAUUGUUGUGGGCCCUGGUGACGUUGGCGAGGAAGGACAUGAAGCUGGAGAGGGUGGUGGGAGUUGGCCUGUUGCUUAUCUACUUGUGCUGCCUGUUCCUGAGGCUCUCCCAGAGCCUUGGGCUGGUGGUGUGAGUUUAGGAACUCUAGCUUUUCUUGGAUUCUACGUUUGUGCUCUACUUGUUUUAACCAGUCACCCCAUCUUCUUCUUGGUCGGUCUGCUGGAUGCUACUACUGUUUCUGUCUCUGUGUGUCUGUACGUUCUUCUCCAUCUGAUGUAUUAAAUGUUGAUAUUAACUCUUAUUUUAAUCAGUCACCUCA